UCGGUUACAGGAUGGAAAUUCCCGGCCUCCCCGGGGAGGGAGCUCGGGCUCCGCGCUCUGAAAGGCUCAUUUAUCCCCGCGCUGCCGCCCAGAGCGGCGGAGACGGGCUCCGUCCUCCUCCUCGGCCCCGGCGCAUCCACCCCCCCGCCAUGCCCCGCACCGUGUCCCGCACCGUGUCCCGCACCCCGGCCGUCCCGCUGCUGCUGCUCCUGGCGCUGCUGCUGGCGGCGGCCCCGCCGCCCGGCGCCUCGGAGAGCCCGAAGGGGAAGCAGAAGGCGCUUCGGCAGCGGGAGGUGGUGGACGUGUACAACGGCGGCGUUUGCUUGCAAGGCCCCAGUGGCGUUCCUGGACGGGAUGGAAACCCUGGAACCAACGGGAUCCCCGGGACACCUGGAAUCCCGGGACGGGACGGGCUGAAGGGGGAGAAGGGGGAGUGCAUGCGCGAGAGCAUCGAGGAGUCCUGGACGCCCAACUUCAAGCAGUGUUCGUGGAGCGCGCUUAAUUACGGCAUCGAUCUUGGGAAGAUCGCAGAAUGCACAUUCACGAAGAUGCGGUCGAACAGCGCCCUGCGCGUGCUCUUCAGCGGGUCGCUGCGGCUGAAAUGCAAAACGGCCUGUUGUCAGCGCUGGUACUUCACUUUCAACGGAGCAGAAUGUGCCGGGCCACUUCCUAUUGAAGCCAUAAUAUAUCUAGAUCAAGGCAGCCCGGAGCUGAAUUCCACCAUUAAUAUACACCGAACUUCUUCAGUGGAAGGGCUGUGUGAAGGGAUCAAUGCCGGCUUGGUGGAUAUUGCCAUCUGGGUCGGGACUUGCUCAGAUUAUCCAAGGGGAGAUGCUUCUACUGGAUGGAAUUCAGUCUCCCGAAUCAUCAUUGAAGAACUGCCAAAAUAACCUUCCCUCCCUUUUUAUAAUCUCUCCCUAUUUUUUUUUACUUUGUACUAUUUUCUUCACAAGUUAUUUCUAGAGUUGGAUGCAAGUGUUUGACUGAAACGCACCAAACUCUUGCAUCUGUAGUGUUUGUCAAGCCUUUUUUUGCACAUUGCAGAGGCUUUUUGUAAUAACCAUUUUAGAAUACAAACAUCAAGACCAAGUUCAUUAACUUUUUUAAUUCCUUGUUUAAUGUAUAAAAAUAUACCACCGCCAUCUUAAGAAUGAACUGUAACUUUUUGUAUCAAAUAAAUAAGACCUUUUACAAAAAAAAAUCCCAGCUAUUUUAUUGAUCAUCAAACUGUUUCAGGUAUUUUACAUGGUGUUAUGAUACACAAUUUUUUUUUUUUUUAGAAGACUUCAUAGAAAGUUCAAAGAAAGUAAACCCAUGUCUUGGCUUUAGCCUGCAGAAAACAU